CAGAGAUUGAAUCCAUUUCAACAUGCCAUUCAAGUUUGGAGAUAAGAAGGGUUAUUAUGAUGCCAAUGAGGCAGGAGGUAAUUCGCGAGCGCCAGCUUUUGGCAGUGGUGAUGGUGGGUAUUACGGUAACACCGGUCCUCAUGACUAUGAUAAUAACAUGAAUCAGAACUAUGGUGGUGGUGCUCCAGGAGCUUUCGGAGGAAAUCCGAUGGGUGGACGCAAUUUCGGUAAUCGACAAUAUCCUACUGAUUGCUAUGGCACGAACAGAAGAAAUAGUGGAAGUUCAGACUCGGACCAUUCGGAUCGUGGUGAAGGACAUCGAAGAGGAUCUUCAAAGCACAGAAACAAACAAUCAGUUCUGGAAAAUCUGAAUAUAAGACAAAUAAGUUGUAAGAAAAUUUUAGCAAAACAGCUAACAGUAAGGGCUCAAAAGUUAUUUAUGCAUAAUUUAACUUUGUUUGCAUUUGAAUGGAGUCUAGGUAAAGUCUAAGAUAAGAUAGUGAGACACAGCAGCAGUUCAUAAAUACAGGGAGUUUUGGUUCCAAGGCAUACAGGACAUUUCCUCCUGUAAUUGUAAGCCUCAAUAAUUCUGUCUAGUCAUUGGUCGGAACACCGCAUAUGAAUCCACUACGUUCACUGUGUUACUGACUAUCACGUGUAAUAUGGCGUAAACAUGCGGAAUUAUAGGUACCAUGUGAGAUGAAAUAUUCAUCUUUGUUUCUACUUUUGGCUGCUCAUGGUUAAUAUUUUUAUUUCAAGAUGCUUGAAUUAUUUCAUAAUAAUAUUUGAGCUGCACAAAAAUGCACACUUUCAAUACCAUCACCAUCAAACACAUGAGUCUUAAUUUAUUUUUGAUUUAAGUGUAUGAUUAUCUAUUCUGAGUAUGUUCAAUGAUAGUGAGUUGACAGCAUUCUGAUUUGCAUUUCUGACUUGUGGUUGUUAAAGUUACUUCAAAUGUGAGCCAGAAUUAUGCAACUAGAAGCUCCACUUUUCCACACGCAUUAUUCGGAAACUAGCAUAUGCCCAUUCCUUUGUAAUGAUUAUUAGAAAUAAUAAGUAUGAGGAAAGUAUCAUAGUAUAUACUAUGAUACGUUCCGUUAAAUAUUUAACUGCCUGGGACUUAGUGUUACUUGUUUGAUGAAAUCAGCGAUGAAAUCAGUGAGUUUGCUGUGGGAAGUUAACAAAUACCCCUGUUCUUAAAACCAUCCUCUCUAAAUAAUUUCAACCAUUCCUAAAAUACCUGUCAUUUUAUCCUUGUUUCAGUUUUACUGUCUCAGGGGUUGUCGCAUCCACCUGUCCAAAAAGGACGAUUAAUGUUUCGAAACUCGUUUGAUAAUCAAACACACUAGUAGUUUAAUGGUUAUAAUAUGAUUUUUUUAACAAUAUACUGUCACUAAAUCUUUUUCAAUACAGCCGAGGAGGGUUUGGCAUAAGUCAUCGACGUCACUCAGGUGAUCGUCAUUCGAGUUCUGAUGAAGGGAAGAAGAACAAAAGAUGGCACUGAAAGUCACUUCUUACCGAUGACCACCUUUGAGCUUUCUUUGUUCGUCAAUGCCGAUAACGAACGUCGUUUACUUUGAUCUCAAUUAGAAAACCAAAUACAGCACAAUAACUACCAUGGAUAGAACUUAUAUCUAUGUUUAUAUACUCACAAUUUCACAUAAACUCAACUUUCUCCCUGUUGUUUUGUAAAAUAUACAGUUUUCUGUAGCGCG